GCAACCGCAACCAAAAGCUUACAUGCAGAAGCUUUCCAGACCGGGCCUCAUCCAUGUGAUAUGCGGAACGCCCAGCUGAUUGAGACUCUGUCCGAGUCCUUUCUUGCGCUGUCGGAUGAAGUCCAGUCAUUGAUUGACCGCAAGACCAUUUUGGAGCACAAGCUGCGCUAUGCCCACGAGCAGUACCAAUAUCUUGCGGACAGGUAUGCGCCUGCCGUGCCAGAGGUCUCCGAGACGCUAGCACAGCUCCAGCUUCCACCAGAAGUGCAGCAUUCCCUCCCGACGGCGACCUCGGCGGUGCCUUUGCCGAGACGCAGCCAGGCUGGGAGCAGUCAGCACCAGGUCGCAUUGCUUAUCAGAGAGGGUCGCAAGGCCGCUCAGCAGCUUGUCACUAGUUUAGCUACUACGGAUAAAGAUAAAGACCGCUUGGAGGAGAAGGAAACGUCGGCCAUGCCGGGAAUGGAAACCAUGACAUCCGUUUCGACGGUUCUUGAGAAAGAUUUCACCGUCGAAGGCAAGAAAGGCCCACUCGCCUGCCCAUUCUCGGCCCAGCCGAGUCAAGACGGCGUCGAGCGGGUCGACAGCUCCCAGGACCCGGUUGGCACAGCCGAUCCCACCCCGCACAAGUCUACUGACCCCAUCUGCGCUGCCAUGCUCGAAGAGACCGCCUCCCUCUCUGCUGCUGCUCCCUCCAAAUGUCCGAUCCGUUUCCUUGACAAGCACUCGCCCGAAGAAAUUGCGCAUUACGUUGAGACGCACAAGCACGCGAUCCCCCGGAGCCAUGAGGUCUGCGUCAGGAGGUUUGAGCGGAACGAGGAACAAAAAAGAAAGCUAGAUGCCAAAUACGGUGACCUUGUGGAUAUGGUCAAAGACCUGAGCCACCUCCACAAACCCAUGCUCCCGCCAUCGAAGGAAGAGCAGAUUGAAGCGGAUAGAGCCUCGAACAAGAGGGUGGAAGAUUGGGCCAAGACAAUCGUGGCCGGUGCUCCGGUUCCGAUUACGCCGCCGCCCGUAGUCCACAACGACAUCCUCUUCGUUGGCAAUCUCGACUCUGGUGUUAACGUCAGCGUCUUGUACGAGCUAUUCCAGAAGAGCGGGGGCGUUGUCGAUGUUCGCCUCCCCACUGACAAGGAAUCUGGUCGUCCGCAAGGCUUUGGUUACAUCACCUUCGAGAGCCCUGACGCCGCUAAGAAGGCCUACAAAGAGAAUUUCGGUGGUGACAUUCUGGGCCGUCCUAUGCUGCUCGAUUUCGCUGUGGCCUGCAAAGAUACCGCACGCGCUGUUCCUGUCGCUGAUCGUGCCGAACGUGAGAGCCGGUUUGAUCGCCCGCUACGCGAUGUUCGCGUCGGAGAGUCGCCCAGCCGGCCCUGGGGUAUAUCGGUGCCCCUAGAGGCAGGCGUUGUGCAACAGCGAGAGAUGUCCCCGCCCCGACCUGUUCAGCAACAGACAAUCCCGGAACCAGCAGCAGCGAGGAAAUGCCCGGUUGACCAUACCAAAAUGUCCCGAGGACCUGCCAAACGAGAGGAUGUUGCUGAUACUCAAGCCAAGCGCCCGGCCACCCCGGUGAAGGGUGUUCCUUCGCUGAACACGCCUCAGCCUACAUUCGUCAAUCUGCCAGAUGUUUCUCGGCAAACGGCAGACAGAGACAGCAUUCCACAGGUGGUGUUUAACAUUAGCGGGCCAGUCUUUAUUGGGUAUCCUAUGGACCAGGCCAUUGAGUUUAUGAAGCAGUUUCAUGGGCGUUGAUGGAUCUUUGAUGAAAUUAGGGCGGGCAUAGUGUGUUUUUCGGGGGCUUUAUUGGCACAGCAAGCAAGGUGUUGGGGAUUGCGUUUUCAGAGAUACCGCUCUAACCAGGACACCGACGGGCAUCUAUCUGGUACAGAGCUAACAGGGACAAAAUCGUGGCAA